UCUGCUAGCAAAAUUAAAGUAACAAUUUAAGCACAAUAAGUUUCGUAGUGGUAGUUAUUUCUUAAUUUGAAUAUGAGGAAUUGUUUGUUUGCUAACAAAAUCAGCAUAAAUAACUUUAGGUAUAAACAAGUGAUAAAUAUAUUAGCAGAACGUAAACUUUAGUGCUCGUUUAAUUCAGAAAAUCCUAUAUAUAUAGGUAUCCAAGAUGGAUUUGCCACUCAUAACAGGGCGGAUGCGCUGUCGUAUCAUUUUUACAGGGCAAUGAGAUCUACUCUUCCGUUUCAAAAAGCCAUUGAGUUGUCGUAAAUUUGUUCAUGAAUUUAUUAAAGAGGGGAAGAAAACAAAAAAUUUGACGCUUAAAAUUCACUGCGACUUUUAAUAUUUAGGCAUUACAUUAUACGUAGUGAAAUAUUUUUGGGGAAAUGGGAGUUUUAAUUUUAAGUCUYAACAACUUGGUUGUUGACGUAACAGUUUGUUACCGGUGAUCGCUUUACGGCAGAGCGUGCUGCUGGAGGUCAGGGACAUGAUCACACGAGAAUCUCAGUAGUUUCUUAGUAGUAAACGUUGAUUUUGUAAGAAAGAUUAUACUGGAAUACAGAAUAUUCUCGGAUUGAAUAUUUUCUGCUGGUGUUGGAAAAAUCCAGCGGCACGUUUUUAGAAGUUUACAGGCUCUAGUCCGAGUGUCCAGAGAGGGUUACAGCCAUGGACAACAACUCUCAGGGCUCGGGRGGAUUCAAAGGGGGCCUCGGGGGGCUCUUUGGUGGCGGUGGUGCUCCUGAAUACUCCAACACAGAGCUCGCCGGUGUCCCACUGACAGGCAUGAGUCCUCUUUCACCUUAUCUCAACGUCGACCCUCGUUUCCUGGUUCAGGACACAGAUGAGUUCAUUUUACCAACAGGGGCCAACAAGACAAGAGGGAGAUUUGAACUGGCUUUCUUCACCAUUGGAGGCUCGUGUAUGACAGGAGCCUCACUGGGAGCUUURAAUGGUCUGAGGUUGGGCUUGAAGGAGACGAGAGACAUGGCAUGGUCCAAACCUCGCAACGUACAAAUUCUGAACAUGGUGACCAGGCAGGGGGCUUCGUGGGCCAACUCUCUAGGCUCUGUCGCUCUGUUGUAUAGUGCUUUUGGUGUGGCGAUAGAGAAAGCCAGAGGGGCAGAAGACGACAUUAACACAGUGGCUGCUGGCACGUUAACAGGGAUGCUCUUCAAAUCCAGCGGGGGAUUAAAGAGCGCGGCCCGUGGAGGUCUGGUUGGUUUAGCCGUAUCCGGUGCCUACGCUCUUUACAACAACUGGGAUCAUCUCACCGGCUCCUCGCCCACGUCCCGCCUCUACUAGCCUCUUCCACGCCGUGGCUACUUCGUCGUUAGGUCCAAGUAUCUGGAGGACACAGCCUUUAACCAAAACUGCUAGGUUUGAGUUAAAUUCGGUGUUCUUUUCCCGACUCCUGUCACUCACAGGGGAAUUGAGAGAAAAAGUUUAUUCCUGUGGAAAUCCAGAUCAUUUGUGUUAGUCCCGAUCAGUGAGGAUCUGGUAUGAAAUCCAGACACUUAAGUUUUAUUGUUUAUGAAUGAGUCGUCCGUCUCCAGUGAUGCCAUGCUGAGAGACAUUUAGGUUAAAUGAGCCAAUUUAUGGGACAGCACCCGGAGUGUGGUCCAGACGAGGUGUUUUCAGACUGAAAGACUCGCCACCUGUAAAAAUGGAACAAAUCCUGAUGGUCUGAUGACUUGUAUUUAUUAUUAAAACGUAUGUUAGUGGUUUCUGCUCUGUGAGAGUGGAAGUCACCGUAAAGCUGUACCGGAACUGCUUACUUUUCGUGUUUCUCCAUCAAGUACGCUGUUUGAUAAAAUGAAAUAAAAUGAAACGGAAAUGUUCACAGA